ACCUAACCUUAAGAAUUUUGUUUUUUCAUAAUUCCCAUUCUAGAUCCCUUUCGUAACAUUUCAGUCACCAGACGCCAGCCUUCGACUUAUCCGGAUUAGGGUUUCUUUUGAUCUCAUCGAUCAGGCUUUCCCCAACCUCUAACCCUAAUAUACGGAUCAGGUCUGAGUUCUGGUUGUGAAGUCAUCAGCCAAGGUUCAUGUCUGAUCUCGAUACCCAGAUUCCAACUACCUUUGAUCCGUUUGCUGAUGCAAAUGCUGAGGACUCAGGUGCUGGGACAAAGGAGUAUGUGCAUAUUCGUAUCCAGCAAAGGAAUGGUAGGAAAAGCCUGACAACUGUCCAGGGGUUGAAGAAAGAAUUCAGCUACAACAAGAUCCUCAAGGACCUCAAGAAGGAGUUCUGCUGCAAUGGUACAGUUGUCCAGGACCCUGAAUUAGGACAGGUUAUUCAGCUUCAAGGUGACCAGCGUAAGAACGUGUCCACCUUCCUUGUCCAGGCUGGCAUUGUGAAGAAAGAGCACAUCAAAAUGCAUGGUUUUUAAGCUGCUGCAUCUCAACCGACUGCACACUGUAUGCUCCUAAUGUCAGUGCAGAAUAUGCUAUCAUAAAACUACUUAUAUGUUGGUGCAAUUAUAUCGUGGUUAUUUCCUUAGUUUGAUAUGAUGUAGGCAUUUCGUCUUACUUGUGUUUCCUAGUUCUCUGGAUUAUGUAUUGUAGAAUGAUAAUGGAAUGCUAUGCAGUCUGCUUUUCCCCUUCAA